AUGGCGCCCUUUGAUCCCUCCUGCAUGAACCCUGAUCUGCAUCAAGGUCACACCCACACCGAAUUCUGGGACCCAUCUUACAUCUUUUCCCUCCAAGGAGCGACGUGUCAGCCCUUGGAGAGCACAUUACCACUACAACAAUACCAAGCCCAACAAGCACACCAUCUGCAAAAGGCCUCUGUUGCCCAAAGCCCAACCACAUAUACCGCACAAUCCACCCCUUCCCUGUCCUUUGAUAUAUCACCCGACCCUUCUUCCGACAUGGAGGGAAUGAAGUUGGAUUACGACAUUUUGAACAACCUAAGCUAUCUGGACAACUUUGAGUACGAUAGUUACAACGACUUUUCCCUGUUCUCGUCUGAUGAAAGCUUCAUUCAACCACCUUUCACCGAUGCCGAUCUAUUUCCAGCGCUCGACCUCCAAUCAUCGCCAUUGAGCAUUGUGCCUUUACCAACAUAUAAAUAUCGCUGCCACUUUGGAGACUGCACAGAGUCAUUUGCACGCCCAUGUGAGCUCAGGCGGCAUGAAUACAAGCAUACAAAACCGUUCAAAUGCCCGCACUGCAGCCGCCCUUUCGCUGAGAAGCGACGGUGCAUUCAGCACGUUCAGGCGGUGCAUGGCCUGGCGACGGAUGAGGACAAGGUCAAGUGUCACUUGUGCAAGUAUAGCCACGUCCGGCCAGACGCGGUUAAGAGGCAUCUGAGGCUGAAGCACGGGAUUCGAGAGAAUUCGGAGUGGUCGCCGUCGACGGUAGGAUCGGUGGUGCAGUCUGAUUGUGAACCACGACCGGAGGAGAGGAAUGGGACGCGGUCUGAGCGAUGA